AAGAGUGUGUUUUAACUAACUAAGCAGUACUUGUAAGAAAAUGGCUUCCAAGACUUUGCUUCUUUUGGGUCUACUCGCAUUUCUUCUCAUCGUCUCAGACAUGGCUGUUGCGGACACGGUGAAGCCAAAGAAUGAGAAAACUGUGCAACCUGAUGGUGGAAAUGGAGGCCACAUGAGCCAUCUAUCUGAUGGAGGAGGAUACGCUGGAAAUGGAGGUUACUGCCGCCGCGGCUGUUGCCACAGGAAUGAACGUGGCUGCUCAGGGUGUUGUAGAUAUGCCGGAGAAGCUGUGACGAUUCAGACUGGUCACUAAAUUUACAUAAUAUAUCAACCAACAUGUUAUGUGUGUAUUAUAAGCUAACCAUGCAUGGUGCGUUUGUAAUGAAGUGCUUAAGAAGAGAAACUAUAAUAAAAGUUUCUCAAAUCGUAAUGUAAUGUCUUAAUUCAUGUUUGUGUUGUAAUUUGUGUCGUUGUGUUUCAUUCAGUAAUAAAAUAUUGUUAUCUUA